AUUUCGAUCAAUUUGUAUGAGCAGUUCAUUCAGAAAGUUCAUCUUUUCAAGGGAUGCUCUUCUGGGUUCAUUAAACAUGUUGCAAUCAAUGUCCAUGAGGAGUUUUUUCUCCCAGGAGAAGUUAUUAUGGAGCAAGGAGAUGUAGCAGAUCAGCUUUACCUUGUAUGCCAUGGUGAGCUGGAUGAGCUCAGGAAGGAAGAUGAUGAAAGGGAAGAACUAGUUAAGCAAUAUCAAGCCUAUAGUUCCUUUGGCGAGGUUUCCUUUCUUUGCAAUUUGCCUCAACCUUGUAUGGUUCGCGCUCGUGAAUUUUGCAAAGUUCUGCGUCUAGAUAAGAUAUCCUUUACAGAAACACUCAGGACAUACUUCUUAGAUCGUCGGGUUAUCUUGCAAAAUCUUCUUGAGGGAAAAGACUCUGGUCUUCAGCAUAAGCUUUUGGAAUCAGACUUCACCCUGACAAUUGGAAAUUGCGAAACAGAGCUGGCUAUGAGGAUUAAUUGUGCUGCCUACGAGGGGGAUCUCUAUCUUUUGAAACAUUGGGUUGAGUCAGGACUAGAUCCCAACAGAACUGAUUAUGAUGGAAGAUCACCUUUGCAUAUUUCUGCAUCCAAAGGAUAUGUAGAUAUUGCUCGCUUUCUUAUUGACAAAGGAGUGAAUAUUGAUUUAUCAGACAAGUUUGGGAAUACUCCCUUGUUUGAAGCCAUAAAGAAUGGGCAUGAAGAAGUAGCCUCUUUACUUGUAAAUAAUGGGGCUACUCUUGCCAUUGAAGACGCUGGAAGUCUCCUAUGCAUGACUAUUGCAACGAAGGAACUGGACCUUCUAAGAAAGCUUUUAGCCUAUGGUAUAAAUCCAAAUUCUAGAAAUUACGAUCAACGAACAGCUCUUCACAUAGCUGCCUCGGAGGGUUUGUUCACAGUUGCUGAAAUGCUCAUAGAAGCAGGAGCAAGUGUUUUAUCAACGGACAGGUGGGGAUAUACACCACUUGAUGAAGCUCGCAUAGGUGGAAACAGGAACAUGAUCAGAUUGCUUGAAGUGGCAAAAAUUUCUCAGCUGACUGAGAUAUCAGAUGAUAUUCAGGAAACACAAGAGAUAGCAGAAACACUUGUCUCGACAUCUAGAGAUGUAAAUCCGAAAAAGAAAUGCACGGUAUUUCCUUUCCACCCAUGGGAUCACAAAAAGGAUGGAAGGGUAGGAGCUGUCCUGUGGGUUCCUGGAAGCAUUGAAGAGCUAAUAGAGAUGGCAAGAGAACAAUUCAAGUCUCCAAAUGGUUCCUGCAUUUUAUCUCAGCAUGGGGGUAGAAUUCUUGAUGUAGACAUGAUCAGCAAUGAUGAGCCGCUAUUUCUAAUAAUUGAACCACACAUUGAGGGCCAAAGAAAAGAAGAAGAAUGUUCUGCCCAUCCUAAUGAGCAGGAGCAACACUAAAGACAAGCGACAUCUCUUUUCUGCUAAGAAGAGUAGAUAAGACAAAAAAUCUGAGAUACAGAGUCGAAUAUUCUCAAAUAUCAAGGACAUGUGGGAGAUUUAUUUACAUAAUAGAUAGAUUCUGAAGUAUCGAAAUGUAGGGUUUAUUUAUUGGGUUUACCUAGCAACUUGACUUUUGAUCUUUUGUAACCUUGUCCUUUAUACUGGCUGUUGAAUAGGGUGAGAAAUAAAAGUAUGGAGACAUAAAAGGGCUCGUUCUGCCCAUGCAUUGACGAAGUAUCUCUUAAAUCAUGAUUUGAUUCACCGA